AUGAGUGAGAGUGUGUGCCGGUUAGCAGGGCUUCAUGAGGGAGCAGCACUGUCGUGCGAUAGUUCGCGAGAUGGUAAGAUGGUGAUCUCUAGUGGCAUAGAUGGGAAGGUUGGUAUUUGGGAUGUAACAGGAGAGGGAGCACAGUAUGAGAUUGAUAGCGGGGUUGUUAAUACAUGUGUGCGUUUGUGGCAAGGCUCGAGUCAGUUGCUGGCAGGGUGCGCGAAUGGUAAGGUGUGUAUAUAUGAUGUUGAAACUGGCCGUAAGAUGAGGCAGUGGGGUGGGGGUCAUAAGCGGGUGGUUAAUGAAAUAGUUGGGUUAUGCGAAGAACAUCUUUUUGGUAGUGUGAGUGAUGACGGAACGUUGUGCUGGUGGGAUUCUAGGGUUCGGAAGCCGGUUGGUAGGGUUGUAGGAGAGUUUCCUUUGCUAACGCUGGCGCUGGGACGACGUGGUGACGGUGAUGAGCGAAGCCCUUUUCUCUACACAUCUGGGGUGGAGCCUGUAGUUCGAUGCUAUGACCUGCGUAAGAAUACUGAUUUAAUAGCAGAAUGCGAAACAACGCAUGCAACCGGGGUGUCUUCUCUAUGUGUCUCUUCGAAUGGAUCUAGAGUUUGUUCAUUGGGGUUUGAUGAUAAUUUACAGUUCCACGACAUCGACGCAAGUGGUAAGCUAAAAAAUCGUCAGGAUGGAGCGACCAUCGAGUUGCCUAAUAGCAACAGGGAUCGAUUUUUGUCUAGGUGCUCUUUAAUGGAGGGUGUGCGGUAUGUCUUGGCAUAUGGAUACAUUAUUGAUAUUGCAAGUGCGGUUAUCGUUUCGGAUAAAUUACAACAAGCAGCAGACGGUUGCCAGAUAAUUGAUAUGAUGUAUAAUGAGAGCACCAAGCAUGCACUAGCGUCAUGUUCGGAUGGAACGGUUCUUUUAUAUAGUUUAGAGAAGUAA